CGCUGUUUUCCAAAAACCGCGAGUCGAGCCAGAGAGCAGGGCGAACAAGUGAGAACGGUCAAAGCUAUACACACACAGACACAGACACACUCUUUUGGCUAUAGCAUUCUUCAGGUCUCUGCAUCGCUACUGACUAUCAAAAUGGCAUCCUUCUCAUUGCCUCCCAUCUACGACAACGAGGACAAGUCCUGGGGACCCAGCUCGAGCACCGUCCCCAAGGUGUUCCAAGAUAUCCCCUACGCUCUCCACUCAAAAGCUGAUAAGAUCAACCACAUUGCCGACUGGUCGACUGAGUCUACCAACGCCGAACAGGGUCCUGGAGGUCGAAACGCUCGACAGGGCGGUACCCGUGGGGGAAGGCGAGACGCCUACGGAGUGUCCGCCUCGACUGCCGCUGGAAACGCCUUCGGUUACGUUCACGACGAGGACGAAAAGUCGUUCUCGCUCGUCGAUUCGGGUCGGGCCGGUGCUGGGGCCACUCGGGGACGUGGAAGCGGUCUCUUCCAGAACAGGGGUCGAGGGAGGGGUGCUGCCCGAGGGUCUGUUGGGUUCCGAGGUGGACGAGGUGGAUUCCAGGCGGGUGGUGCUAGGGGUGACGGUCGACCCGAGAGGGGUGGAUGGGGUACUUACCGUGGACGAGGCAGGGGCGGUUACGGCGGUUGGGACAAGCCCCAGCGAGUCCGUGACUGGUCGAUCACCAUUGGACCCGAGUGGCAGAUGUUGGAGGAGAUCACCUUCGCUCGUCUGCAAAAGCUCAACCUCAACGUCCAGGAGCCCGAGGACCUCUCGAUUCACGGAACCAUCUACUCGUACGACAAGGCAUUCGACGCCGUCAACACCCGAAACGACAAGCCUCUCCAGAUCAUCGACAUGGUCAAGUACAACACUACGACUAGUGAUGACCCGGUCAUUCACUCGCUUGCUGAGAAGAACGAGGCGAACGUUUACACCACCGAUGCCAUCUUGUCGGUAUUGAUGACUGCCACCAGGAGUGUCAACUCGUGGGACAUUGUCAUCGUCCGAGAGGGCGACAACGUCUACCUCGACAAGCGAGAGGGAGGACCCUUCGACUUUGUUACCGUCAACGAAAACGCAGCCGACCCCCCUGCCGACACUGACAAGCCCGAUGCCAUCAACUCGCCCGCUUCGCUCUCGCUCGAAGCCACCUACAUCAACCAAAACUUCGCAUGCCAGGUCGUCGACCAGACCAAGCGAAAGGCCUUCAAGGACCCGAACCCCUUCUACUCUACCGAGGAGACCGAGCCCUUGGCUUCGUGUGCCUACCGAUACCGAAAGUUCGACCUCUCGCUGCAAGCUGAGCAGGAGGCUACCGACAAGGUCAAGAUGGUCGUCAGGACCGAGGUCGACGCUUACCAGAACAAGAAGGACCAGUACAUCACCAUCAAGGCCCUUAACGAGUUUGACCCCCGAGCUCAGGGUAGCGGCAAGGCACCCGACUGGAGGAGCAAGCUCGACGCUUCUCGAGGUGCCGUCGUGGCCACCGAGAUGAAGAACAACAGCGCCAAGCUGGCUCGAUGGGCCGUCCAGAGCGUCUUGGCCGGUGCCGAGACCAUGAAGCUCGGAUUCAUCUCGAGGCAGAACCCCAAGGACCCCCAGAGGCACACUAUCGUCGGUGUACAGAGCCACAAGCCCAGGGACUUUGCCGGUCAGAUGGCCGUCUCGCUCGCCAACGGUUGGGGUAUCGUCAGGAUGAUCGUCGAUCUCUGUAUGAAGCAGCCCGAGGGGAGGUACGUUUUGGUCAAGGACCCCAACAACCCUCUUGUCCGAUUGUAUGCUGUGCCUGCCGACGCUCUCGAGGCUCUCGAAGAGCAGGAAGAGGACGAGGAGGUCGACGAGGACAACCAGGACUUGUAGUUGUAAUAUACCGAUGCAACGUAAUGAUAGAAUGUUCGCGAACUCGCUGC